AUGGCCCGAAUCAUGCUCUGGAGCCGGCUCCGCUCCAAAUUCUCCCUCUGCCUCCACGCCCGCUCCUCCAUCUGGCCCGGCCGAACCCGCAGCAUAGCCAUGACGCUCCUCGUCUUCAGCCUCGCCAUUUCCAUGUUCCAAUUCAGCUUCAGCGCCACCAUGGCGCACCGCCUGCUGCGCACGCCGACCGAAGUGUGGUGCUGGGAAAAAAUGGACGACACGGCCUGGGGCUACGACAGCGCCUUUGGGCCCGGCGCCUCGCCCUUCAAAUAUGGCUUCUGGAAAGAGAUCAAGGGCCUGCCUGUUGCCUAUGCCAAUCUGGGUCAUACGGUGCAGCCGCAGCGCGCGCUUGGUCCGGCGUUUUUGCGCGAGGGCGUGCCGGGCAGGAUUGGGGGGAGUGCUACAAUCAUCAUGGUACUCAUCAUCAACCCGCUCGUCCUCAUGCUCUUCAUCAUCUGGUUCCUGCGGCGCCACGCAUGGUCCUCGACUUCGGGUAUCACAAACCGGUCCGCCAUGCUGCUUUCGGUGGCGGUGCUCGCGUAUUUCCUGCUGGAUGCCGCGGGCAUGGAGGUCCUGGAUUCGUUCCCCACUAGCGAUGCUAACGGUGAGUCGUCGUAUCCGCUGUGCUGGCAGGAUGAUAUCUCGAUGAAGGAGCUGGCGCUGCGCGGACGCUGGGCUCGCUUUAUGGUCGUGUGUGGACAGGCGACGGGCAUGCUGGGGGCUGCCGGAAUGGCAUCUUACUUCUUCACUGCCAUUGCCGCCGCGCGGCUAAACCGCCAGUCGGAAACUGUGCUUGGUCUUGAUGACCUGUCGAACCGCCACCAUCACCAUCACCAUAACCCCAGUCAUCCUAACAACAAUAACAACAACAACAACAACAACAACUCUCGCCCCACGCAUCGCAACCCCGAACAAGGCAUCCCCCUCUCAGGUCUCUCGUCUCCAGCCCCCAUCGCUCACACCCCCUCGAACAGAGGCUUUUCGUCGCAUAGACUCGAUGCGCGGGUUGAGCGUGAUGAUAAGAGAGGUGCGGCGCAGACGAGGGGGGACGUUGUGAAUCCGUUUACGUGUCCUGAGAAUGUGCUGAGGUAG